AUGAUGAAAAUGUUUCUUGUCUUUCUUACCAUUGCUUUACUGCCUGUUGCAACUUAUGCUCGUUGCACAUAUGGUUGUUCAUGUACUAAUGAUAGUCCUUGUGAAUAUUAUUGUGAAAAUUAUCAAUGUCAACUACCAACUCCACUCUUUCAAAAAUGUUCUCCUUACUACACGCAUCCACGACAAUGUGGUACUUCAAGAUUUUGUGAUUUUGACUCAAGCUAUACUUGUCAACCUAAAAAAACGAAUGGUGAACGUUGUACAUAUGAUUAUGCAUGUAUAUCUGGAAAUUGUGAUUCUGGAUCACGUACAUGUCAAACGAAUUAUUCACCUAUCAAUACAAUGCUUCCCAUUCUAUUACCAAGUGUAGUUGUGUUCAUGUUAUUGUUCAUUGUCACUUUAAGUAUUAUCGCACGUAGACGAAGAAUGCGAGCACUUGCAUAUUAUCGAAGUCCAUACAUUGUUUUACCAUCUGGUACUCCAUAUUCAUAUCAAAAUUCAUAUAUGGUAGGAGAAACAUUACCACCACCUUAUCCUGGUGUUAUAUCAACUCUAUAUCCAAAAACAUAUCAAAGUUAA